AUGGCUACCAAGGACGCCGAUUUCAACGAGCCGCUACUUAGAGCGGACAUGGGGUUCUGUGAGAAGGCAUCAUGGCCGCUGAAGCGCGUUCUCUUCGUGGCAGUAGCACUCAGUCUCUUGGUUUCUAUGGUCGGCGCUAUUAUUGUUCAUGUCGCACUUUUGUCGCAUCCGCCGGUUGAAUAUGGGGCUCAAUUGCUCCCAGGUUUGGAAGCUCGGCCGCUUGGCCCAAUCCUGAAGGCAUAUAACCCUGAUCCCACAUACACAAUCUACCAGAGCAACGAUACGAGAGAGAAAUGGAUGCAGUUAUUUCCACGAGGUAUGGGUUACAUUCAGAUUGAUAAGGUGAAGGAGCUUGGGAUAGUCCCAGACUUUAUUCGCAAUGUCAACACAGACGGAUCUGGCCGAUUCUGUGUAGCAGCAUUUCAUCAGCUACACUGCCUUUAUCUCAUCUUCGAGGAGUUUUCUCAAGCUCUUCAUGGCCAAAUCAAGCAUCCAUCCGGACACACAAUUCAUUGCUAUGACUAUUUGCGCCAGUCAAUCAUGUGUGCCGCCGAUUCAAAUCUAGAGCCAUUCAGAUCGCGAUUUGAAGGGAUGAAACCAGGUGAUGGAGUGGACGGGAUUGGCAGUAUCCACCAAUGCCGAAACUUCGAGGAAUUGUAUGCGUGGGCAGACAGGUUCCGAUACAAAGACGAUGCCGAUGCAGAGCAGUUUGAAGGAUAA